GCUCAACUUCCACCAUGUCCCUCGCUGUCGCCCAGAUCGACCAUGACUACGAGAAGGAGAAAGAAAUUAUCCACAGGUUCCUCGAAAAAUGCGAAGGCCCUCUCGAGGAGGACAUCACCAGUGGCUUGGCCGCUGUCCAUAUCGACGCGGACAAUGACGCGACGGAUGGCGGGGUCGUACCUCAGAAAUAUCUCAGGCAGCUGAUCCGCAUCGCCAACCGAGAGCAGCAGAUGCUCGUUAUCGACCUCGAGGACCUCAGAGCCAGUACCGACCCUGAGGUCAACGAUCUGGUGGACGCAAUACUCGAAAAUGCUCAUCGUUACGUGGUGCUCUUCUCUGAGGCCGUGGACGCGAUUUUGAAGGAGCGGGGGCCGACGAAGGACAUCAGCGACAAAGACGAGGUCAUUGACGUUAUCAUGCACCAGAGGCGGGAGCGUAACCAACAGAUGGACGAGGAAGGGUUUCCGGACGCCGUGCUGCGACGAUACAACCUAUACUUCAAACCUCUCGAAAGCGACGUCGCACUGGCUGUUCGCGAAGUUCGUAGCACACACAUUGGCAACCUCAUCACCGUCCGAGGCAUCGUGACGCGAGUGUCCGAAGUGAAGCCGCUGAUUCAAGUCCAAGCAUACACAUGCGACGUUUGUGGCUCAGAAACCUUCAAGGAAGUUUCUACCAAGUCGUUCAUGCCACUCUACGAUUGUCCCAACCCGGACCAAUGUUUAAAAAACGGCAUCACCGGCACCCUUCACCUCCAAACGCGAGCGUGCAGGUUCAGUCCUUUCCAAGAGCUUAAGAUUCAAGAAAUGGCUGAUCAAGUUCCCGUUGGACACAUUCCUCGUUCGAUGACCGUUCACGUUCACGGAAACCUAACACGCAUGAUGAAUCCUGGCGACGAAGUGCACAUCGGCGGCAUUUUCCUUCCCAUCCCUUACACCGGCUUCCAGGCCAUCCGUGCUGGCCUGUUAACGGACACAUAUCUAGAAGCGCACCACAUCCACCAACAGAAGAAGCAAUAUAAUGAGAUGCAGACGACGCCCGAGAUCCGCGAGCAGAUCGAAGCGCUGCGCACAGAUCCCGGAUUGUACAACAAACUCGCCCAAAGUAUUGCACCCGAAAUCUAUGGACACAACGACGUCAAGAAGGCGCUGCUCUUGUUGCUCGUGGGUGGCGUAACCAAAGUGACUGCGGACGGGAUGAAGAUUCGCGGGGACAUUAACGUGUGCCUCAUGGGCGAUCCCGGAGUUGCCAAGUCUCAGUUGCUCAAAUACAUCUCGAAGAUUGCUCCGCGCGGGGUGUAUACGACCGGAAAGGGUUCCUCCGGUGUCGGCCUCACUGCUGCGGUUAUGAGAGAUCCUGUGACGGAUGAGAUGGUUCUCGAGGGCGGUGCCCUUGUUCUGGCCGACAACGGAAUUUGCUGUAUCGACGAAUUUGACAAGAUGGAGGAAUCCGACCGGACGGCUAUCCACGAGGUGAUGGAGCAACAGACGAUCUCUAUCUCCAAAGCAGGCAUUUCCACCACUCUGAAUGCCCGAACGUCGAUUCUCGCCGCCGCUAAUCCGCUUUACGGACGGUACAACCCGAAAGUAUCGCCAGUGGAGAAUAUCAACCUUCCGGCGGCGCUACUGUCCCGGUUCGAUCUUAUGUUCCUGAUCUUAGACAAGCCUUCUCGAGACGACGACGAACGACUGGCGCAGCACGUCACUUAUGUGCAUAUGCACAACAAACACCCGGAUCUGGAGAAUGAUGUGAUUGAACCCACCUUGAUGAGGCACUACAUCGCCGGCGCAAGAGAAAAGCGGCCCAUCGUGCCUCCUGAAGUUUCGAGUUACGUGGUUGACUCGUACGUUCGACUACGAAAGAUGGGCAAAAUCGACGACGAGCAAAACCGGUCGCAUUCUUAUACGUCCGCCCGGACGCUUCUUGGGAUUCUACGACUGGCGCAGGCCCUGGCACGGCUCCGAUGGACGGACAGAGUGGAGCACGCCGAUGUGGACGAGGCUUUGCGGCUGAUGGAAUGCAGCAAACACAGUCUGAACGACGAGGACGAGGUCGAGCAGGGCCCGGACAAGUCUGUGGUCAGUCAGAUCUACCGGCUCAUCAAGCAGAUGGCGGGUGCUGGUGCCCCAGCCCGCAAGAAGAAGCGGCAAGGUAGGACACGAAGAAUGGGCCGCGGGCCGAAUCGUGAGCGGGAUGUCGAUGGCAUGGAGACGGACUCGGAUGACUCGGACGAUGAGUUUGCGGGCGAUGCCGAGGAGGUUUCGCUGGUCGACGUUCGAGCGCGUGUGACAACCGCUGGAUUCACUGAGGCACAGCUGAAUGAAACCAUCCUGAAGUACGAGGAUCUGGGUGUUUUGAUGAGAGUGGCCAAUGGAUCUAAAAUUCGCUUUGUUACUGCUGACUAGAUUGUUUCCUUUGUCUGUAUUCUAUUGUAUCUUGUGUUCUAAUUCUAAAACUCAACCUGGAAAUGCCUGGGCAACAACUGCGACAUGAACCACGCGCGUGCAGCAUUGCAAUAAGGUGCUGAAUCAAAAUCACUUGCUCGACUGGCUCGCCUAUGUAAAGCCUAGUGGUUGAUACAACAAUGAGA